AUGGCACUGUUCGAGGAUUUAUACGGUAGGAAAUGUAGAUCUCCCAUUGGAUGGUUUGAGAUUGGGGAAGUAAAGUUAAUAGGGCCAGACUUCAUGCAUCAGGCUAUGGAUAAGGUUAAUAUCAUUAAGGAGCAGUUGAAAACUACCCAGAGAUGUGAGAAGUCCUAUUCAGAUAUGCAUCGUAGGGAUUUGGAGUUCAAAGAGGAUGAUUGGGUAGUCUUGAAAGUAUCCCCCAUGAAGGUGGUUGUUGAUCCAUCUCUCAUUUUUCCAGUUGAUACUAUUGGAUUUAAUGAAGAAUUUACUUAUGAAGAAGUUCUAGUUGCAGUUCUUGAG